AUGGAUCCACCGCCACCACCACCCACUACGGGUGAACUUAUACCACCUUUUAUACUAACAUCCACUCAACCUUCACCAAAUACUACCAUGCCUAACACCACUACCAAACCUACUCCACCUCAUGAUUCGGGUUUUCAAUAUUCGACUCUUCCAUUUGGGCAAUCUUCGGGAAUAGGGGGAGAUGGAUACGAUGAGGGGUAUGAAGAUUUUGAGGGUUAUGAUGAAGAUGGAUAUGCAUAUGGGGGUGAUGGAGACCAAGGAGAAUUUGGUUAUGUACAAGGUCAACCUCAAGGAAUGCCAAGUGUUGGUGGAGUUCCACAACAACAACUUAUUCCACAACAUAUUCAGCCAAGGCCACAAGGGCCACAAGUGCAACAUCCUAUACCAUUGCAACAAGUUCGUCCACAAAAUGCACGUCCAUAA